CAGUGACACAGCCUUCAUCGCGCUGUUCGCACAUACAUUAGCAGUGCUGUCGCAUGGACCGUAUUGAGUCACAGUGUUAACAGAAGCUGUUUAACGCCCCCCACGACACGCACUCAGCCCCAUUCUGCACGAGCUGCAACACACUGGGGCUGGACACGGCGCGCGCCCUCCGCAGCCAAAGGGGCAGCGACUAACCAGCCUCGUCUGCAGACCCCCCUCGGUCGACGGUCGCGCGCGCCGCCAGCCCUUUUCCGCGGGUGCCGCUGACGCCGGCGACGGACCCCAGAGCGCAGAGUGACACGCGCGCGCGAGAGGUGUGGAAGAGAGGGCACCGGCUCGCGACAAUGGAACCGAACCCGAGCAGCUAAGCGGCGCGCGGAUAUUUACACACACACAUUAGCGCGCGCAGAGGCGGCGAGGCGGGCCAAUCUUUGGAGAGGACAACGGCGACAUGGCGAAAACCGGCAAGAUCUGAACUUUGAAGGAGCCGCGUUGAGGAUUAUCGUAGGCUACAGCCGCGCGGAGAGACCGGCGAGACGAGGAGCGCGAGCAGAGGUCGCACCGGUUCGUCGAAAAGGGAGCACAGCUGCGUUAUGGCGCGCGGGGGCACGCGCCUGUGGACCUGGCAGGUGCUACUGACCCUCUCGGUGGUCGUCAUCCCGCUGUCUGCUCACGGGAGGCAUUCGCUGAGCAGGCGUCAUCACCAUCACCACAACCAGUCGUCGUUCGCCGUGCACGCUCAGCUCAGCGACGACUCAGCGGAGCGGGACCACCUGAUCGGAGCCGGACUUGGUGCCAAACACCGCCCCCCCCAUAAACACGCCAAGCUGGACUUUGCAGAGGAGGACGCGCCCGUCGGGGAGGAGCUCACCGCCGGCGGUGCCGGUCCGGACCAGCCGGAGAACCCGCUGACCCACGACGUCGUCACCGUGGCGUUCCACAGCCAAGCGCCCGACGCCGUGCCCGCUGACGGCGCCCGGGAGUGGGCCAAGGUCCCGAAGGCACAGAAGCAAAAAGGCGGAUCCACCCACCCGUGGAGCAACUCGGACUUUUACGAAUACAUGUCUCCGGAUGAUGACCACUCAGCAGAUACAACCCCAGAACCCGAGCCCACGCCUUCACCCCCGCCCAACAUGGAGGACGAGAACCCGUUCCUGGACGGUUCCCCCUCCAUUCGCGACAAGGUUAAGCCCAGCGUGGAUAACACGCGCUCCCUACCCGCUCCUCCCAUGCCGGGCCCCGGCACGGGGGACGGGCUGGGCCUGAGCGGGGCCAUGGGCGCCGACGGCUGCAGGCUGGGCUUUGUGCGCACUGGACCCGGCGUGUGUUCGUCCCAGUGCGACACUGAGCCCGACUUCUGCUUGAAUGGAGGCGUUUGCACUGUGGUGGCAGGAAUGGGAGCGUUCUGCAGGUGCAAUGUGCAGGACUACAUCUGGAAUAAGGGCACGCGCUGUGACUGGGCGGUCACCGAGUUCCAGGUGCUGUGCGCGGUGGUGGGCGUGGCCUCCUUCGUGCUCCUCCUGCUCUUCAUGAUCGUCGUGUUCUUCGCCAAGCGGCUGCACCGCCUCAAGAGCGAGAACAAGCGCCUCCGCAAGCGCAGCAGCAAGUACCGCCCACAGAGCAGCGAGCCGCAGACGGACGGCCUGUCAGUUUCCACCACGGCCGACGGCUCCCAGCCAAACGUAAGGAAACUGUGCGACACCCCCCCGCCUGCCACCCAAGCUCACACUCACAACCUGGCGUACUAUGACAACAUUAUCUGUCAGAGGCCCCCAUCAACCAGCUCUACCUGGCAGUAUAAACCCAGAGACCUGUAUAACCACUUCCAGGAUGAGCCCCAGAAGCAGGAGGAGCCGGCCAAGUCCCCGCAACCCAAGGAGGAGGGCUCCAUGAACAUCCUCAACUCCCACUCCCCCAAGCACGAGAACAACCGGCCGAGCUCCGUGGGCCACGAGCGCGGCCACAGCCCCGACGGCGCCGAGGAGAAGGCCGAGGAUGGGGUCUCCAUUGGCCUGGAGGUGCUGCUCCCCAAGGAGGCCAGACUCCACCCAGAGACCAGGCCCCUUGGCUAUGAUGUCUUCCUCUACAAAGUUGCCAGCGAUGGAGACGCUCCUUCCACCCACAGCGCCGGCAUUUGCUCCGCGUCUCAUCCCGUUCCCAAAUCACCCAAGUCACCCAAGAUUCCUAAGUCACCCAAAUCACCCAGGCACGGGGCCGAGCCGCCACCCAGCACCCACCAGCCUUUAAUGGGAAGGCACUCCUCGCCAGGGCGUCACACGUCGCCGGGUCGACAGCCCGCUCCCGGCGGCUGCUCCCCCGGCCUCCGCGCACCUUCCCACCACUCAGCCGCCCAGUACAAGUGCAUGUUCACCUCCACCCCGCCUCAGCUACGCCGGCCCAGGGGUCGGUCCCAAGGUCCCGGCCCAGAGAGCUCAGCGUACGGGAGAGAAUACCACAUUCGUCCAUCCCCCUCCUCGCCUCAUCUCACCCAGCCUCCCCCGUCACCAUCCAAGGUGCAGUACAACCCGGUCAGCACUCGGUCCCUGCCCCCUCUGUCGUGACCAGGACCACGACCAUGUGAGACGUUCUCACAAACAUGAGACAUGACUAAUUCGUCCAGUGAUCUGUCCAUCAUGACAUGACUCUAACUCCUUUAUUAGAUUCAUACAUCAUUCAUGCAUUCGCCAUCCAUCUUCGUGCUCCCCCGGUUCAUGGGACGAGCGCAGCACCUGCUCCACAUCCACAGAGCCAGAAAGCUAGAACUGGGCCAACCCCCCAAACCCCACCUUCACUCAUACACACAAAUCACUGUGUUGCCUUUGCAGCAACACGCAGACAACUGGAAGUAAAUAACAACCUCUCAAAGCUCAGGUGACCGCACACACCAGCUCAAAUAAAUCAACACGUGAACACGUGCUUCUAACACAGUGCCAACGUCAGAGACUGCUGAGGAUGUUGUUCAUUACGUUUUCAUAGAGGUUUACUACAGUAGCGUAGCGUUGUCUGUGUUUAUAUAAAACUUUUGCUAUGUGAGUGUUUGACUAUUUCACACAUUUUGGUAUGUUUUUCAUGUUUCUAAUACUCAAUAAAUAGAUGUUAAAACAA